AUGCCAGGCCAGAGCACUGAGCACCGAGCUUCCCCCAGUCACAUCAACGUUACGGAAAGAGAGAGCUGCCAACAUAGUGUUGGUAAAAGGUGGGGUCGUAUGGUAAAGCUCUUGAUCUCCCGAUCAGUACGCCGAUGGUAUUAUAUAUUAUUAUCUGCUGUUGUUUUAUGGUUCUUCAUAAGCUAUUCGGAAAGAUUGCAAAUUCUCAACAAGAAAGUGAAUGAAUUAGAAGCUGAGAUCCGAUAUAUUCAAGAAGGCAACAUAUCAGGAAAUAAUUCCACGACUUUGAUCAUGAUGGACGAGAAAAUAAUUGAAUUAGUGAAUCAAGUCCGACGUUUACAAGAAACAGAAAACCUUGGACCCAUCUUGAACAAGUUGCACAAGACCAAAAAGAAAGUAGCCGAUCUGGAAUUACAAGUUCAACACCUUCAAGAGGUUCACGAUUCUUGGAUAUCGGCCUUGUCCACAGUCCCUCGUAACAUUGGAUUAUGGAACGAGAUAACUACGCUUCGAGUACCUAGUCAAAUCAACCAGCUACCGUCCCAGCCUCCUAAGCCAACAUUGCAAGAUUCCACCCAAGACAUCAUCAUCAACACAAUAACAAGCAUUGGUCGGGUCUUGCAAAUGAUCGAACAUCUCAAAAAUGUUGCGCAAGACGCUUUGGAGAUAUGCACCAAGGACAAGGAUGGUCGGCGAGAUUUUGCAUUUAUACAAACUGGGGGCUCAGUGAUUCCUAGCCUGACCUCAGAAUCAAUAAGUCUCAACAGUAGUUCAAGAAGCUGGAAAACUUUGUUUGCCUCCCUGAGUGGACGCCCCUCGGUGACUUUACCCGAUAUUGUUUUGAUUGGCGACGGCUCAAUUGGUGCGUGCUGGGCCUUCCGUGGCUCAAAAGGACAAUUAGGUAUUGCGCUAAGUGACCCCAUCAAGAUCACUGGUGUCACAGUUGAGCACAUUGGAAAAGAGUUGGCUCAAGAUAGUAUAGAUGUAGCUCCCAAAGAUUUCGAGCUUUGGGGUGUGGUCAAUGACAAAGAUAAACACUCAGAAUUUUUUUUGUUUAGUAGCUUCUACGAUACGUCAAAAGCUUCAAUUGCCCAGACCUUUGAAUUUACGCCAACAAAAGAAGUUUACAAAAAGGUCAUCUUCAAGAUCAAUUCAAACAAUGGAAACAAACAGUAUACAUGUGUGUAUCGUGUAAGAAUUCAUGGAGUUAUGUGA